UGCAGGGGAGGAGACCAGAAAUGAUUUUCAACAAUGGCUUGAAAAAAUUAUUUGAAAAUCGAUAUUUUAAUCUGUUAACCUUCACAUGGUUCUGUUUCUAGUCUUAUCAAGAUGUUUCUUGCGUUCCAGCAUCAAGUGUUGUCAUCACAGUCAACUACCAGGUGAUACCUCCAUCAGCAACACGUGCGGCACCGCAAGCCCGUGAGCAGGCAGCUACUCACCAUCACGUUCAUCCCACCACUUCUGACAAGAGGCCUCUUUGUCAAAGACAAAUCUAUUUCUUACAAGAUGUCAAGGCAGACUGAUUUGCGACCUGAUUUGCUCUUCCUGCAAAUAUCCGCUGCUUUUCGAACUUUCCCAGUCUGUACUCAAUAAAGAGACCACUCGGUCAUUACUAUUCGCAUCAACAUCAUCUCCAACAUGCCCGGCACUCGGUCGCACAGGUCUAGGGGUAAACCGUCGUUCCUUAAGCGAUCAUCAACAAGAGGCAGUAGCAAAAAUGAAACUCCGGAAAUCAUCCAACAACUUGCCCGCGCCGCUUUAGUUUACUCUCUCAAGCGUCUGACCAGACAAGACUCGGCCGAUAAAGGGAGCACAUCACGGCAACAACCUCGGUCAAGAUCAGCUCACGGAGACAACCAGCCCACUGAGCGUGACCGCGGCACAACAGCCAAAGCACGAGACAGCAGCAGAGCUAGUCACCGCAGUGACCGAGACCGAGACGGCACCCGCGAUGGCAACGACCUCCACGACGUAAUGGGCCAACUAGCCUUUGGCAUCCUCGGCUUCGGCAUCCGUCAUUUUCUCCAUCAGCGCAAGAAGAAGGAAAGGGAGGAGAAGAACAAAAUCAAACCUCCCUUGUACGCCACCACUGCGACACAAGGACCAAGGCCGUCGGGUGAAUACCCAUAUACGAGUUACGCGGAUUACCUUGCAGCCACCAGUGCCACCGGCAAUAACACCACCGCCAACAACACUAGAUCCAGAUCACUCCCCACCGACGGUCCGGGGGCAGAAGAAAUAAGCCUAGCAACAACGCUUGACUCACUCAAGAAGGAACUGCAGACUACUUUGGAGGCGUUGGAGGAACUCACUCGUAACCCGCCGUCGCAUAAGAAGUGCGAGGUGCACGAAACGUUGGCGAAGAGGGCAGAGGGAAUCAGGGCGUCGAUAGACAAUCUGGAGAUGGCGGUCACCAAUGUGAGGAACUUGCAUCCUGAGAUUGAUGAGGACCGCGGUGUGCAUGGAGGGGUUGGAAAAGUAGAUGGGGAGGGGAAGGAGAGAAGCGGUAAGGAAGAGAAAGGAAAGGAGAAGGAAGGGGUGGAUGGGAAGCGGAAGGAAGGUAAGGUCGGGAAGGAGCGAGGGGAUGAGGACGGGUGGGGCGAAAGAGAGGGAAGAAGGAGGGACCGGGAACGGGAACGGGAAAGGGUGCGUAGGGAUAGGGAUGAUAGAAGGUGGUCUAGAGAUCGGGAGAGGAAGCCGAGGAGGUCGGUUGAGUUUGAGGAUGAUUUGGAUCGGUAUGGAUAUUCUAGGGGAAGUGGGAGAGGGGAGUACAGGUGACGGAGGAGAUAAUCCAGGGUGAUGUCUUGAUAUAUGUAGUCAUGUCGCUGGCUACAUGCACUUCUUUCUGUCUU